AUGCCGUCCAAGACAGACGCUCCCGUUGUCAUUCGCCUCUCAGACGAGGAGCGGGACUCGGGCUCCCUCACCGACCACCACCUAUACGAUGCCGUCGAGGCCUUCUUCAACGACGGCUUCGUCGUACUAGAGAACGCAGUCCACGAUGACCUGAUCGACAAGCUCAACGACCGCAUGCUUCAGGACACACAAAAGCUUCUGGCUGGGCACGGCCUGUCACACUAUGCCCCCUUGAACAACAAGGUAGCAGAGAAGGGCGCCGCAGCUGGCGGGAACCUCUCACAAGUGCCUCCUCUAGAGAAGGAGUGGCUCUUCCCCGAGGUCUUCGCCAACAAGCACGCCGCCCAGGUCAUCUCGUACAUCCUGGGGCCCAGGCCCGAGGUCCACUUCCUCCGCUCAAACACCCUCCUCAAGAACGACGACCGGCAGCGCGUCCACUCGGACAUGCGCUUCGAGCACCCCACCCACCCCUUCGCCAUCACCCAGAACGUCUGCCUGUGCGACUGCGGGCCCGAGAACGGCAUGACCGAGCUGUGGCUCGGCACGCAGAACACGGGCGUCGAGAUCCGCCCGCAGCUCGGCGAGCCCUUCAUCGAGGAGACGGUCGUGGAGGAGAGGAGAAAGGUCCGCCCUCCUCUGUACCCGCGCGUCAAGAAGGGCUCCAUCCUCGUCCGUGACCUUCGCCUAUGGCACGCCGGCAUGCCCAACCCCUCGGACCAGGUCCGGAUUCUCCUCACCAUCAACUACUACGCCGGAUGGUUCAAGAACGGCGCCCUGGUCUCCUUUCCCGAGUCGCUGCGGCCCCACGUCGAGGAGCUGGAGAGGUACGCAAACAUCAAGAUCGCGGCAAACUAUGAGCCAGACGAGGGCUACGACUACCUCAACUCCAAGUUCAGCAACAACUUCAGCUCCGUACUUCAUCCCGAGGCCUGGGAGAAGAUUGCCCAUGUCAAGACUGCCAAGGGCUACUAA